CCCAAAAGCACAAACAACAUACCACUCCCCAAAAUACUUUUAUUUUGGAGAUACCCUCACCUAGUCACCUGGCCGAUAUUUAUGGUGAUUGGUCUUUUCUUUUAGGAACAAAAUCUUUCAAUCUUAAAUUAACAAAAAAAAUUAAUCAAAAACUCAAUUCUAGAAAUGGGUUGUCAAAAUUUGAUACUGAUAUUAAUAGUAUCUGUGUUAAUCUCUUCUGCUUGUUGUUCUUCUGCAAAUGAUUACAUUCGACCUAAACCUCGUCAACUCCUUCACUUCCCAUGGAAAUAUCACACCUCUUCCGAACCCCAACAGGUACAUAUUUCAUUGGCAGGAGAAAACCAUAUGCGAAUUUCAUGGGUUACAGAUGAUUCAUAUGUUCCUUCUAUUGUUGAAUAUGGAACAUCACCAGGACAUUACUCCGCAAAAUCUGAAGGAGAGAGCACCUCAUAUUCAUACUUGUUAUAUAAGUCAGGAGAGAUACAUCACACUGUUAUCGGGCCACUGAACCCUGGCACUGUAUACUUCUAUCGUUGUGGAGGGGAAGGCCCGGAGUUCCAGCUGAGAACUCCUCCAGCAAAACUACCCAUUACUUACGCUAUUGCUGGUGAUUUAGGUCAAACAGGUUGGACAAAGUCAACUCUGGACCACAUAGAUCAAUGCAAGUAUGAUAUGCAUUUGCUUCCUGGAGAUCUUUCUUAUGCUAAUUACAUGCAGCGCCGGUGGGAUACAUUUGGAGAACUUGUGCAACCACUUGCUAGUCAAAGGCCUUGGAUGGUUACAGAAGGAAACCAUGAAAAAGAAUACAUCCCUUUAGUGAAAGAUUCCUUCCAAUCAUACAAUGCACGAUGGAAAAUGCCAUUUAAGGAGAGUGGUUCAAGCUCCAAUCUUUAUUAUUCUUUUGAAGCUGCAGGGGUGCAUGUUCUCAUGCUUGGUUCAUAUACAGAUUGUGAUGAAUACUCUGACCAAUAUGGUUGGCUAAAGGCUGAUCUUGCUAAGGUAGACAGGAAGAGGACACCUUGGUUGCUCGCUUUAUUCCAUGUCCCUUGGUACAAUAGCAAUGUGGCUCACCAAGGUGAAGGGGAUGGGAUGAUGUCAGCUAUGGAACCAUUGCUCCAUGCUGCUGGUGUUGACAUAAUGUUUGCUGGGCAUGUGCACGCUUAUGAACGAUCGAAACGGGUGUUCAGUGGAAAUUCUGAUCGUUGUGGUGCUGUCCAUAUAACUAUUGGUGAUGGAGGAAAUUCUGAGGGUUUAGCUCGAAGGUAUAAAAAUCCGAACCCAGAGUGGUCAGUGUUCAGAGAAGCAAGCUUUGGGCAUGGAGAACUCAAGAUAGUGAACUCAUCUCAUGCUUUCUGGAGCUGGCAUAGGAAUGAUGAUGAUGAGGCAGUUAAAUCAGACGAGAUCUGGAUAACCUCUUUAGCUAGUUCAGGAUGUCUUGCAGACAAGGCGCAUGAAUUCAGGAAAAUACUUAUGGGACCUUAAGACUAUCUGAAAAUAGCAGCGGCUUCCGUGUUACUGUAAUCAGUUAGCAGGAAUCCAUGUAGAUAAUGUUAUCAAAUCUGGUUGUUUGUACCCAGACAGACAAUAGAUGGCUAAUCGGUUAUAUCGAGCUUGGUGUUUUAGAACCUUUGCCUGCUACAAGGAUUCCUGCUGAUUGGUCACGGCUUUAGGAGUUCCUGUAUCUUGCUUUGCUUAUUUACCAGAACGUGUCCUCAUCAGCUUAUAUUUCUUGUACUAUGUUUGUAACGGUAUAGUUGUAAUCUAAAACUUCACUGUCAUAUUGAACACAGUAUAUGUAUAUAUAGAAGUACAUUGCAGCUUAGAACUGAUUUUGGCCUUCCUUCAUUGUACCUUUAGUAGAGCAAGACCAGCACGUAUAUUGAUUUUCAUAGUUCGUGAAUGUAUUCUGGAAUAAUUUUCAUCUA